UCAAAUCCGAUUAAGAUAUACAUUGUCUAUUAAAGUACGAGAACUUUAUUUCAGUAACUCAGUCAGCUGCACAAUGGAGGUUUUGUUAUGCACAGCUUAGCUUUAGCCCUUUGUUAGCAAAAGUUGGCUCUCAUUAGCGUUGCAGACAAACGUGACUGUCGUUGACGUUCCAUUCCGUCCGUUAGCCUCGUGGCACGAAGGUGCUGCAGUUUUAAAGCGAUCCAGGAUGCCGAUGGUACUGCGAUCCAGACGCUCCAUCCACUCCGCGCAGACUAGUGGGGUCGAGUUACAGGCAACACCGAGAAGGGCGACCCGCCUUCAGGGUAGAGUUGAGCUCGAGGACGUCGAUGAUACAGAAUCUUCUGAGCCUAUCCCAAACCGAGUGAUGGAGAGAGAUCAGACUGAGCUACAGGAGGAGGAUUCUGCUGAGGAGACAUAUCUAAGGGAACUGAAGCAUUGUAGCGUCCUGCUGGGUCGUCUUCAACCUGAUGACAAAGCUGUAAAAACAGAACUUGAAGAUAGAGAAGAAAUGAGUCGUAAAGGUGGGAAGCUGGUCUCUCGCAUCCCUACUUUCCAGAAGCGACCCACCAGCACCAGUCAGAUCCCGGAGCUGCCAGGUCCCAAAAAAGAUUCCCAUGUCCUCGCAGCUCCACCUGCUGAGAAAGCUGGAAGUGAAAGUGUGGAGGCGUCAAAGUCCCAACCACCCGAGGUCAAAGAGCCUGCGCUGCCCCCACCGUCUGUACGUGUCCCCAAAGUGGGGGUAGACGUCCCGUCCAUGGUCAGCAGCGCAGAACCACCCUCUGCAACAGCAGCUCCCAGCUCCACGAUGACCACACCCAAAAGCUGGGGUCUGCCCGAGUCUGUCCAGUGUCCUCUGAUGACCGCCAGCCCCAGACCUGCUCUCAGACCAGACCUAGACACGAGUGAAAUCCCACGGGCCGAAGCUGAUGCCAUCCCAGAUGCUCCCCCUAGUUUUCUUCCAUGCCAGGGCUCUGUCAGCGAGAAGCCACAGAAACAGAUGAAGAUCAUUCUCACCGCCGCUGGAGACGCUGAAACGUCAACAAAGAACUUCCACAGCACUGAGAUCAGCCAAGUAGAGGCCAUUAUGGACGAGGAACCGCCGUGGGAGACGGAGCCCAUGAAAAUGGCUGAACUGAAAGACAGCAGAUCUUCAUCAGAUGCUGAGAGUGAGGAUGAUUCGGACCAUGAAGAAGCAGAUAGGAACACUUCUGAGCAGGUGGAGGAGCAUCGUGAACCACUCAUUAAACAAUCAGAGUUUCCAAAUCUCACAAAGAAGAAGGCAAAUGUGGAUGAAUCCACCUCACACAUGGAGGAACCGCUGAAAGAGAGCUCAGCCACUUCAGCUCGGAGGUCAGGAUGCUCCAGUUUUUCCCUCUGCUGCCUCUUGCCCACAAUCCUGCUGCUUCUGGGAGGGUCGGGUCAGCACAUCUGGCACUAUGGGCUUCCCCUGUCUGUGUCUCAGCUCUCAGCUCAGCUAGAGCUGCACUGGCUGGAGGGUUUCAGCUUCGGACCAGAGCCAUGCAGCAGAGACUGUCGCAUCCAACUGGUGGAAAGCAUCCCAGUCGGCCUCUACAAGUCCUCUCCUUCAUCCAGGCCAAGCAUCGCAGACAGCUGGCUGCACCUGCUGGACAAAGCUAACAGCUCGGUCCACAUUGCUGCUUUCUACUUCACACUGCAAGGCGGCGAUCUGGAGUCCGCUGAUCCUGCUGACUCUCAGGGAAGGAGGGUGUUUGAGCAGCUGAAGCAACUUGAAUCCAAAGGUGUUCAACUGCAGAUCGCCGUUAACGCCCCCCAGACGUCGACCCAGGACACAGUAGAACUGGCUGCAACAGGUGCAGACAUCCGGGAGGUGGACCUCAAGGCUGUGACUGGAGGCAUCAUCCACACUAAGAUGUGGGUGGUCGACCAGAAGCACUUCUAUUUGGGCAGCGCUAACAUGGACUGGCGCUCUCUAAGUCAGGUGAAGGAGGUGGGUCUGUCAGUGGAGGACUGCAGCUGCCUGGCUCAGGAUGCUUUUCGGAUCUUCGGGGUGUACUGGAGCAUCGGGGGUGUAAACAACGCUUCCCUCCCACCGUACUGGCCUGCCCGACUCUCUGCCCUGUCCAGCUCAGAGAAACCUCUGCAUCUGAAGUUCAACGGAGUCCCUGCUCAGGUCUACCUGUCUAGUGCUCCUCCACAAAUCUCAGCCCGUGGCCGCUCUGACGAUCUUUCCACCAUCCUAUCUGUCAUCAGUGACGCCCAGAAGUUUGUAUACAUCUCCGUCAUGGACUACCUCCCACUGUCGGAGUUCACAAAGCCGCUCAGGUUCUGGCCCGCCAUCGACUCAAGGCUGCGUGCUGCAGCGUGCACCAGAGGCGUGCAGGUCAGACUGAUGGUCAGCUGCUGGGACCACUCGCCUGCCUCCAUGUUCGUCUUCCUGCAGUCUCUGCUGGUGCUCAGCCGCCCUCCACUUCACUGCAACAUUGAAGUGAAAGUGUUUACGGUGCCUUCAACAGCCGAGCAGAAGAAGAUCCCUUUUGCACGUGUCAAUCACGCCAAGUACAUGGUAACGGACAGAGUUGUGUACAUAGGGACGUCCAACUGGUCGGAGAACUACUUCACCCACACUGCUGGCGUGGGCUUGGUGGUGAACCAGACGGGCUCCGUGGUGGACGAGGGCCAGCAGACUCUGCAGAGCCAAACUGAGGAGCUCUUCCUCAGAGACUGGAACUCCGAGUACGCCAGCACGCUCUCCGCUGCUGACGUGGACGUCUGCCCUCACAGCCCACGCUGAGGGUCCGUGGUUAAAUAAAGCGCGUUGUAGAUGA